UGGAAGUCUUUGUUUCGCCUGAACAUGUGUUGCAGCUGCUGUGGAGUGACCCAACAAAAGGUCUGGGUCUUUGGUUUUGGAACCCUUUUCGCGGUCUCAGGACUCUUGGCCAUAAUAUGCUGGCCCGGUUUUAUAGACACGCAGAUUAUGAAGGCCCUGCCAUUGACGCCCACUUCAAAGACCUUUGAGAAAUGGGAGGAGCUGCCCAUUCCCGUGUAUGUCUACAUGUACCUCUGGAACUGGACAAAUGCCGCCGAUGUGCAGGCUUAUAAGGUGAAACCUAGUUUCGAGCAACUGGGGCCCUAUGUCUAUCGCGAGGAGAGGAAGAAAAUGGAUCUGGAGUGGCACGAUAAUGGCACGGUGACCUUUAACCCCAGGAGAACUUGGUUCUGGGAGGAGGAGCUGUCCGGCGGCAAGCAAACCGAUUUAAUUACUGCCCCCCAUUUACCUUCGCUGGCCGCUUCCAGCCAAAUGCGAGAUAGCAACGCCUUUUUGAAGUUCAUGUUCAACCAGGCUCUGAAUGCGAAUGGAGGACAUCUUUUUGUGACCCACACGGCAGCCGAGUGGCUUUUCGACAGCUUCUACGAUGAGUUCCUGCACUACGCCAUGACCCUGAACAAUCCCCUGGCCCCGGAAAUCGAGUCGGAUCACUUUGCCUGGUUCCUCAAUCGCAAUGGAUCCAAGGACUUCGAAGGACCCUUCACCGUUCACACGGGAGUGGGUGACAUUAAGGAAAUGGGCGAAAUAAAGUUCUGGAAGGGCCAGAAUCACACGGGCUGGUACGAGGGUGAGUGUGGACGACUCAAUGGCAGCACCACCGAUCUAUUCGUACCCGACGAACCCAAGGAGAAGGCCCUGACCAUCUUCAUUCCCGACACCUGUCGUAUUAUAAAUCUGGAGUUUACGGGAGAGAGUGAAACGAUCCAGGGCAUCACGGGCUGGAAGUACGAAAUAACACGGAGCACCUUCGAUAAUGGCCAGUUCGAUGAAAAUGCAAAGUGCUGGUGUCCGUUGGAUAGGCAACCCGAUAAUUGUCCUGCCAGCGGAGCCACCGAUCUAGGACCUUGUGCCGAAGGAGUUCCCAUGUACCUGUCUGCCGAUCAUUUCAUGUACGCGGACGAGAGCUAUGGCAACACGAUCAACGGUUAUAAACCCGAUUAUGAUCAAAAUAACUUUUAUAUCAUAAUGGAGCGGAAGAUGGGCGUUCCUCUGAAGGUCAAUGCCAAUGUGAUGAUCACCUUGUUAAUACAGGCAGAUGGCGUUAUUGACAUACUAAAGGACCUUCCCACUUUCUAUGCACCACUCUUCACCACCGCCAGUCGAGCAGAAAUCGACGAGGCACUGGCCUCAGAACUUAAAUUGGCGCUCAAUCUACCAGCUAUUGGCCGAUAUACUGGAGUCGGUUUACUGUGUGUCGGUUGCAUUCUUAUAGCCGUUGGCGUUUUACUAACCAUUAAGCGGAAAUGGUAUGGCCAAGCUGAUUCAGAUAGACUGGCUCUCAAGGAUAACGAGGAAGCCCCAAAGGAAACGGAAGUAUCAGUCAAUGAAGUCGAUAGAAAUUUGCAAUACAUCAAUUAAUAUAAACAUUUAACAUUAAUAACAAACACAUAAAUGUGAUUUCCAAAAAACUUGGUGUGAUAAAUAAGAAUAAUUUGUUUUUUUUCUUGUAAUAUAAAUUGUUUACUAUGCAAGUUUAAACUGACA